CCGCCCUGCCGGGAAGGAACCCGAAGGGGAGUCAGCGGCACAAAAUGGCGGCGGCGGCGGCGGCGACGGUCGCGGCUGGGACUCCAGGGCCGGUUGUCCCCGCGACAGCGGCCUGCGCCCCGGGCUCGGGGAACGCGGCCCCCGGGUCGCAGGGGAUGUUGAUCGGGGACCGGCUGUACUCCGGGGUGCUGAUCACCUUGGAGAACUGCCUCCUGCCUGACGACAAGCUCCGCUUCACGCCGUCCAUGUCGAGUGGCCUCGACACCGACACAGAGACAGACCUCCGCGUGGUGGGCUGCGAGCUCAUCCAGGCGGCCGGCAUCCUGCUCCGCUUGCCGCAGGUGGCUAUGGCUACCGGGCAGGUGUUGUUCCAGCGAUUCUUUUAUACUAAGUCUUUUGUGAAGCAUUCUAUGGAGCACGUGUCAAUGGCCUGUGUUCACCUGGCUUCCAAAAUAGAAGAGGCUCCAAGACGGAUACGGGACGUCAUGAACGUGUUUCAUCGCCUUCGACAUCUGAGAGAGAAAAAGAAACCCGUGCCUCUGCUGUUGGAUCAAGAUUACGUUAAUUUAAAGAAUCAGAUUAUAAAGGCAGAAAGACGAGUUCUUAAAGAGCUGGGUUUCUGUGUCCACGUGAAGCACCCUCACAAGACUCCUUAUUCAAAUGGGACAAUUUGGAAACGGUUCUUUGAUAAGCCUGAGAAGAGGACUUCCCUUUGGGCAUUGAGCCUUCCUCUGCAUGAUGUGCCCAUGCGCCCAGGGGUGUUUUCCCUUUCCAAGUGGACUCCCUCGCGGAACGAGAAGGGCCAGACUCUGAGCGCCUCUUCAAGGAGAAUGGACGCAAGAGGACGGCUUGUCUCCGAAGAGCCCUCGCAGGCUGCCUGCUCAGCCCAUUCAUUUGAGAAUUACAUGAACGACAGCCUUCGCACAGACGUCUUCGUGAGGUUCCAGCCUGAGAGCAUCGCCUGCGCCUGCAUUUAUCUUGCUGCUCGGACACUGGAGAUCCCUUUGCCCAAUCGUCCCCAUUGGUUUCUUUUGUUUGGAGCAACUGAAGAAGAAAUUCAAGAAAUCUGCUUAAAAAUCCUGCAGCUUUAUACCCGGAAAAAGGUUGAUCUUACACACCUUGAAGGUGAAGUGGAGAAGAGAAGGCAUGCCAUUGAAGAGGCCAAGGCACAGGCUAAGGGCCUGCCGCCUGCUGGCACCCAGGUUCUGGACAACACUUCAGGGUUCUCACCUGCCCCCAAGCUGGCAGAAUCUCCCAAAGAAGGUAAAGGAAACAAGCCUUCCCCGCUCUCUGUGAAGAAUGCCAAGAGGAAAACGGAGGGCAUGAAGAAAGCCAAGGCUGACAGCCCGGUGAAUGGCUUGCCAAAGGGGCGAGGGAGCCGAAGUCGGAGUGGGAGUCGUGAGCAGAGCUACUCGAGGUCCCCGUCACGAUCUGCUUCUCCUAAGAGGAGAAAAAGUGACAGUGGCUCCACGUCUGGCGGGUCCAAGUCGCAGAGCCGCUCACGGAGCAGGAGUGACUCCCCACCGAGACAGGCACACAGAGGUGCUCCCUACAAAGGCUCCAAGGUGAGAAGCUACCGAAAGUCCAAGGACUGCAAGUACCCCACCCAGAAGCCGCACAAGUCCCGGAGCCGGAGCUCCUCUCGCUCUCGAAGCCGCUCACGGGAGCGGGCAGAUAAUUCUGGGAAAUACAAGAAAAAAAGUCAUUACUAUAGAGAUCAGCGAAGGGAGCGUUCUCGGUCUUACGAGCGAACAGGCCAUCGUUAUGAGCGGGACCACCCCGGGCACAGCAGGCAUCGGAGGUGAGGCACGGGGCGCCCAGAGCGCUGCCCUUUGACCCUUGGUGUGCACGCCUCGGCCUGACUGGCCCCAUGGUGCGACUCUUUUUGGAGUCUGUUGAGUGGCUGUUGACUCUGGACCUUGUGAGGAGUUUGGAGAUGGAAUCGAGAGGCCGGCGAGGUGCCCUGUGGGCCGGCCUGGGCACUGCAUACACGUGUGCCAGCACAGGGCCCACCUCAGCAGCAGCCCCACGGCAGCUGCGUGCGGAAGCAGACGCGUGCGUCCUGGUGGUGUGGCUUGGUGCUAACGACAGGCUGUGUCUCCACUCCUGGACCGAUACUGAAUUACGUUAAACCAAGAAAAUGACUUUUAGAAUCUUUGCCUAUAUUAGGUUGUACUUGUGUACAUAUUUUGCAGUGUUUCACAAUGAGAAAAUGGCCUUAACAGCCCCUUAUUCUCUAUCCACCUUGUAAAUAAACAUGUGUUUAAAACAAGUUAAAGCUAUAUAUGAAAACUCAGAACUUGAAUCCUGUCAGCUUAAAACUUGUGUAGAGAAUUUGGAUUUUUAAAAUGUGAAGGUAUUUAGAUCUGUGUUGAAAGUCGUAUAUUUUUAUCUGUGCGAUGCUGAGUGCAGGCCACCAGCUCCUAAAUAGAGAAGUUUCCUAUAUAUGCAUUUUAUGUGGUUAAAUAAACAAUUCUCUCUACUCAGGACAUUUGGGACGUUAAA